UGUUGUAGCUAUCAUUGUACCAAUUAAUUAACUAAACCAAAAAUCUAUCUAGACAGCCAUGGUGUCCAGUACUGUUGCAAGUUUUCUGCUUGUUCUUGUUGCUUCUUUCUUUGUGACAGAAGCUCAGAGGCCUGCUUUAGUUAAAGGUCUUUCAUGGUCAUUCUAUCAAUCUAACUGCCCUCAACUUGAAUCCAUUAUUAGAAAAAGGCUUGAAAAACAGAUCAAGAAUGAUGUUGGCCAAGCUGCUGGCUUACUUCGACUUCAUUUCCACGAUUGCUUUGUUCAGGGAUGUGAUAGUUCAGUGUUGCUGGAUGGAUCAGCAGGAGGGCCAAGUGAGCAAACUGCAAUUCCAAAUUUGACCCUAAGAAAGAAGUCAUUCAAGAUCAUUGAUGAUCUUAGGAAAAGGAUCCAAGCUGAGUGUGGCGAAGUUGUGUCUUGCUCUGAUAUUACUGCCAUUGCUGCUAGGGACUCCGUUGUCUUGACCGGUGGGCCCAACUACGAUGUCCCCUUAGGAAGAAAAGACGGACUCAACUUCGCAACAGAACAAGCGACCAUAGACAACCUUGUCGCACCAUUUGCCAACACUACAACCGUCCUCGCUCGCCUGGCAGUCAAAGGCCUCGACGCAACCGAUGCAGUCGCCUUGUCUGGGGCCCACACUAUCGGUAUCAGCCACUGUACUUCCUUCACCGACCGUCUCUACCCGAACCAAGACUCCACAAUGGACAAGACAUUUGCUAACAACCUCAAACGUAGUUGCCCCACAGCUGACUCGAACAAUACGGUUAACAUGGACAUUCGUAGCCCUAAUGUGUUCGAUAACAAGUACUUCGUUGAUCUUAUGAAUAGACAAGGGCUAUUUACGUCCGAUCAAGAUUUGUAUACGGAUAGAAGAACUCGAGGGAUUGUUACGAGCUUUGCGGUGAAUCAAUCGUUGUUUUAUGAGAAGUUUGUUAUUGGUAUGAUUAAAAUGGGACAAUUGAACGUGUUGACUGGUGGACAAGGUGAAAUUAGGAAUAGGUGUGAUAGGAGGAACAAGGAUAAGAAGGUUGAUAUUGCAACUGUUGUUGAAGAAUUGGAGGAAACCUUCUCUGCUUUAUUUUAAGUUUAAUUAAUUAGUCUUUUGUUUUUUGUUUUGUUGUAAUAAUAAUGAGUGUCUUAGCUUAGCAUAAUAAUCACAAUAUGUUUUGUGAUGUAAUAUGCAAGAAAAUGGUGUGUUGGAUCUCUUCUUAGAAUGUUUUUUUAGCUCCAUGAUGUCAAAAUUGUGUUUACUAGUAUAUACACACACACUCUCCCUCUCUUAACCAA